CAACAAUUCAUAAUUUCACAUUCGCACGCCCACUGAACUUUUAGAGUCCGACUGUAAUAUCUCGUCCACGAUGCCUACAGCAAUGCCGAAAGUCCAACCAGCAGCGUUCAGUAAAGAGCUGUCCGAGCCUCUCCCCGAACCGCCAACUUUUGAAGGAAAGCCAGGCGUCCGCAGCAUAGCCGGCGACCUGGGAAAUGAGCGCGUAAAAGGCAAGGUCAUCAUCGUUACGGGCGCCAAUUCCCUCAUCGGCAUCGGCCGCGCCAGCGCCCACCAGUUCGCGCGCCACGGCGCCCGCGCUCUUUACCUCUGCGACUUCGAUCCGUCGAACCUCGACCUACACAAGCGCGAGCUGGCCUCGCUGUACCCGAGGACCGAGGUGCACGUACGCCAAUUUGACGCCGCGGACGAGCAGGCCGUGAAAGCCGUUGUCGCCCAUGCGCUGGACACGUACGGGCGUCUAGAUGUGUUCUUCGCGAAUGCGGGGAUCAGCAGCGGCAAGGUGUUCUGGGAGGAGGAUUCCGAAGGGUUCAUGAAGGUCAUGCGGACCAAUGCGCUGUCGGUGUUUCUUGCAGCCAAGUAUGGCAGUCUGGCCAUGCGCAAGACGAGCGCGGAGAAACCGUAUCCGGGGGGCAGCAUCAUUGGGACUGCGAGCGUGGCUGGAUUGAAGAGUAAUGCGGGGCCGACGGAUUACUCGGCUAGUAAGGCCGCGGUGAUCAGUCUGAUGCAGACGUGUGCGUAUCAGCUUGUUGGCAGCGGCAUCAGGUGCAACGCCGUCUGUCCGGGGCUGAUCGAGACGGGCAUGACCAAGAUCACCUAUGAUGCGGCGAGAUCGCGGGGGAGCGAGAAGAAGAUUGGGCAGCUGAAUCCUUUGAGGAGGGGCGGGCAGCCGGACGAGAUUGCGAGGGCGGUGUUAUUUCUGGCGAGUGAUGAGAGCAGCUACGUGAACGCACAGGCGUGGGCUGUGGAUGGUGGAUUGAGUGGUGGAAUGCCUUUUGUUCCAGGAAAGCUGGCUUAGCUUUCGUUUGAUCUUUUAUGACAUGUAAAAAAGGGGGGUCGAGGUCCGUUGCAAAACGUACACCCAGUGGUACAACUUUGGUCUUUGCGUUACUCUGCCACCGGCUUCCCGCUCUUUCGCUUCAAUCUGAUGCUU